CUAGAAGGAGACCCGGAAGUAGUAGCUAUAUACAGCUGACUGCAUGGUGUUUAAAACAUGGCGGCGCGCACCAAGACUCAGACGCUGCAGGUUAUAGACACGGAAUAUAGUGCUGACUCUGUGGAGUGGUGUCCGCUGGAUGGCUGGAGUAACAUCCUGGCGUGUGGAACGUACCAACUGAAAAAACCUGAGAAUGGGUGUGGGGAGGAGGAAUGGGACCGCCCACAUGAAAGGCUCGGCCGAAUUUACCUUUAUUCCUACGCUGCCGAUCAACUGUUUUCUCCCGUCGCAGAACUUCAAAGAAUGGAAACGGCUGCCAUAUUGGAUAUGAAAUGGUGUCAUUUACCAGUUGCAGAUCAUCCCACCCUGGCUAUUGCUGAUGCGAAGGGUUCUGUGGCACUGUACAGACUGCUGGACAAUAAGGAAAGCUGCAGGCUUGAGUCCAUGUGUAAUGUGGAGUUAGGGGAAGAAUGUCUCGCUCUGUCCCUCGAUUGGUCCACAGGAAGAUUAGUGAGCAGUCCCAUGAAGAUAAUCUGUAGUGACUCGAAGGGCAGGUUGAGUCUUCUCCUGGUGGAUGAGUCCGGACAAUCCAUGGAUGUCGCGUGCCAGUGGGGAGCCCAUGAGUACGAAGCAUGGAUAGCUGCCUUCAACUACUGGGACCAUGAUGUGAUCUUCUCAGGUGGAGAUGAUUGCCUGCUGAAAGGCUGGGACACCAGGAUUAAUCCAGAUAACCCCAUAUUUAUCAGCAAGAGGCAUUCGAUGGGCGUUUGCAGCAUCCAGAGUAACCCACAUCGGGAGAAUAUGCUGGCCACUGGGAGCUACGACGAGCACGUUCUCCUGUGGGAUACGCGGCAGAUGAAGAGGCCCAUAUCGGACACCCAUGUCCAAGGUGGCGUCUGGAGGUUAAAGUGGCACCCGACCCGUGGCAACCUUCUGCUAGCUGCCUGCAUGCACAGCGGUUUCCACAUCCUAGACUGUGACCGCCAAUCUGUUAAGGAUAGUGUAUCAGAUGAAUGUCCCAUCCUGUCAUCUUAUGUCCUGCACAAUUCCUUGGCCUAUGGUGCGGAUUGGUCCAAACUAUCUCCUCAAGCUUCCAUACUUGCCAAUCGAGAACCUAAACCUCUUCAGUUGAGUAGCUCAGACGGUAAAGAACACAAGCUGGACCGCCCCAUGCAGAACUUGAAGAUCUUCUACGACUCCCCCACUGCCAGUUUUGAUGUGGAAGUUGAGGAAGAUCACGAAGAACAUGUUCCAGCUGGUUCUCUGGAGGAGAAUGAAGAACCAACAGCUGCACCAGUGGGCCAACCUGUCCUACAAUCCACCACUUCCUCUGCCUGUGGCGCUUCUGAGAACAGUGUGGUGGCUACUUGUUCAUUUUACGAUCACAUGCUGCACGUCUGGAGAUGGGAAUGGCCAUUACCCUGAAAAAUGUGUCAACUGUGAACCGGGCACUAUUUUAACAAACACGGUUCUGAAAACAAACAACUUGAGAGAACUUGAUUUUAAACUAGUUUGCAUUUGUUGUUCUGUAAUUUGUUUUUUUCAAUUUCCGAGGACGCGGUUGGUGUAAACUAGAAUUGCGUCCUGGCCAAUGUUAGUUACCAUCUUCGUUCUGACUGGCCGCAUGGCAAUCUCUUACAAAAUACCAAGUCUUGGGCAACUGAGUACUUAAUACAAGGUGGUAGAAACUGAGUAGCCCCCACGACUGGGGUAUUGAAUGUCAUCGCAAACUAUAUACAGUGACUUGUGAACUCUGAAACCGCCAACAAUACAGACCUCCAGAGCAAUAACCUUUUAAAAAUAGUCUUUUCUGCAACUUAUUGACCAACGUUUAAAGGGCAGCACUCGCUCUGCUCCACUCCCACCUAAUUUGACUUCUAGUCCCUGUCCUAAUGUAUUUUAUACCCCACCUCCUAUAGACUGUAAGCUCAUUGAGCAGGGCCCUCUUCAACCCAUCGUUUCUGUAAGUUUCUCUUGUAAUUGUCAACUUUAUAGUCAA